AGCAACACCUCUCUGUCCUUCUCGUCCAAAGUGUGCUACAUCAAGUAUCGAGAACCAUCCAGUGUUGGUGUGGCGCAGCAUCUCACCAACACGGUUUUUAUUGACAGAGCCCUCAUUGUGGUGCCAUGUGCCGAAGAUAAACGACCGCACUACUAAGCCCGAGGCAUUGUUUGCCGGGCCGCUACCGUCCUCGAUGACGGGCGGGGGGGGCCCACGAGGCGUCAGUGAUCAUGUGACCAGGAGCCCUCCAAGAUGGACACCUUGUCUCUUUUCUCCCCUUUUCAUACUUUCCCCCCCCAUGUUGUCCAAUCUCUGCUGUCUUUAUCUCAGAAAAAGGUGUUUUCUCCCCCCCACCCCUUGAGCAUUCUUGUUUGUGGUUGACUCGGGAUGAUGAUGAUGAUGCGACCGGAUGCUAGGAGCAAAGGAUGACUAACACUUGCCUCUCUUGUCGUUGCCGUAGUGACAGAGAAAGAGCGAGCGAGAGAGAGAGGAAGAUUCCAGAAGAGUCCAAGGCCCUGUCGCUUCUGGCACCCACCACCCCCGUGCACAGCCUGCUCCCCGGCGGAGGGCUGCUCCCCAUCCCUACGCCUGCCCCGCUACAGAAUUUGAACCUGCCCCUGGUGGGUCACAUGACCCCCGCCGCCGCCGCUCUGGACCCCACCAGCUCCUCGCUCUCACAGCCCCCCCUCAUGGGCAACGUGGACCCCACCAAAGUGGACGAAAUCAGGAGGACGGUCUACGUGGGCAACUUGAACUCGCAGACGACAACGGCGGAGCAGCUGCUUGACUUUUUCAGGCAGGUGGGUGACGUGAAGUUCGUGCGGAUGGCGGGCGACGAGACGCAGCCGACGCGUUUCGCCUUCGUGGAGUUCGUCGAACAGGACGCCGUCGCCCGGGCGCUCACCUUCAACGGCGUCAUGUUUGGGGACCGCCCCCUCAAGGUGAACCACUCCAACAACGCCAUCGUGAAGCCUCCGGAGAUGACGCCGCAGGCCGCUGCCAAGCAGUUGGAGAGCGUGAUGAAGCGCGUGCGGGAGGCGCAGUCCACCAUCGCCGCCGCCAUCGAGCCAGCCGAGAAGGAGAAACGCUACGCGGUUCACUCGGGGAGAACGCGCCGCCAGUCCCGCUCGCGGUCCCGCUCUGGCUCGCGGAGGAGGCGGUCCCGCUCCAAGCACAGGCCUCCGCAGAAGUGGUCGAGGAACGACACGCGCACUUCCCGAGGUGGCCACGGGAGGCGCUCUCGCUCCAGAGACAGGCGGCGGAGCACGAGCCGCUCCAGGGUCCGCCGGCGGAGUCGGGGCCGCUCCAGAAGUCCUCCGAGGAAGGCCAGGUCGCCUUCGCUGAAAAGGAUGAAGAAGCAUCGGGAACGCAGCCGGGAAGCACGGGAACGCUCGUCGUCGAAGAAGAGGAGCCGCAAGGACGAAGAGCGGCCAAAAGGCAAGAAGACGGCCAAGGUGGGACGGGACUACGACAGGGACUCUUCGCCUUCCGAGGACGCCCGCUCGCCCCACUUCACGCAGCACAACGGCGCCCACAAGGCGCGCAGCGACGACACUUUCGCGUGACGCCAGCCCGAGGCCAUCGCGUCACCUCCCGACUGACUGACUUAGGGUUGUCGCACCCCCCCCCCCCCCCCCACCAGGAGGGCAAGUGAGCGCCAACGACGUCCAAUUUUUUUUUGACGAGUUCUGCAACAGGGUUCGGGGGGAGGCGGGGGGCGAGAUGGCGGUACGUGUGUCGCAUACGGCUCGGGUCACGCGAUCCCAAAAUUUGGCGGUUAACGGUGGGGCCUCACUUGCCCAUUUUUUGGUGGCGUGAAAGGAAGGAAGCACCUGAUGUUUCCUGCCCGAGGCGCGGCGUUUACAAAGGAGGCUUUAUUUUCUAUUUUUAUGUUCUUGUGGGCACGUUUGCUGUUUUAGUCUGUUUUGUUGUAUAGAUUAAAAAAAAAAAUUGUGCGUAUAAGAAAGGAAGGUGGUGAAAUACAAAGCCCUCUUCUGAUACUCGUUUUUUCUCUGGAACUUUCCGAAUCGACCCAAUCGAGAUGAAGUGCAAGUGCUUAGAUGAUAGUUCGUCCGAAUUUUAAAAAAAAUACUUGAGAGAUAAAUUAAUGCAACCCACCUUAGCAUAAAUGACUCGUUAGCAACUUUUACCAAAGGAAACGAGACAUACAGUAUCUAAAAUCCUUCACGGAAAAAAAAUAUUGAAAGCAAAAGACCAGACGAUUGGCGCUGGAGUGUUACAUGUAAAAUAAAAAACUCGACCAAGAAAUAAUUCCAUAAACCGAAAGGAAAGAAGAUUAUAAUAAAAUAUAUGAAGAAUAGAGUGGACAAUGACAGUGGAAACAUCCAAAUUUGAGAUGGAGGUAUGCAAUGUCAAACUGUUGCCAUCCAUUGUUUCUUUUUAUUUAUCGAUCAGAUACAUAGCAGGUGAAGUCCGUAAGCUCGAGACUUUACGUCAGCGAUUCUCGCCGUCGCGUGGUGUCCGUGAGGAAUAGUGGGAGUGGAAUUCAUUCGGAACGUGGCUGUCCUUUCCUGUGUUCCAAAGGAAAUCACAAAGACGGCAUAAAAGUUAUCUGGUGGGGACUCGGACGCCAUCAAAUCGGCGGUUCAACUUCCACCUAUCGCGGUCGUUACCUUUCGUGCAGGACAGACGCUGAAAACAGCUGGCUCUGAUAGACAGUAUGAGAGGGGCCUUAUCCUGAUCACUCCCACCUCUUGAUACUAUUCAAGAAUUCUGGAGUCGACUCCUGCUCCCGUUCCAUGUUGCUACUUUUCAUGCGGAGCACAUGGAACAAGGUGGCUUUUACAGGCCUUGUGAAAGGGGCUUUGGAUAUUAAUCUCAACACACCAGUUCUGGAUUUCUACCAUCUGCUUCCCUCCAUCCCUCUUACAUUACGCCAGAAGUCGGGAAUCACCUUCAACUCCCCUUUCCAUGUUGACCCACGGGAAAAAAAACAACUCCUUUGAUAGGCAGUGUGAAAGGGGAAUUCCACUGGUUUGCAUUAAUGUAUCCAAUAGGUCAUGUAAUAUUUACUCUCUCUUGACAAUGUGACGUUAAAUCCUCCCUCACGUGACUCGCGAAAAUGGCACCGUCCCUGAAAAUUUGGAAUUGUCAAUUAGAAUCUUCUCAAAACACAAGGAUGAGGAUUUAACAUAUUGCAAAAUACAGUACAAAUUACAUGACCGAUUGGACACGUUGUUCAUGUAAAACAGUGGAAUUCCCCUUUCAACGCAGCCUCCGUCCCCGCCUCUGUUAUGCCUCUCAUCUGAUCUCAGAAACUGUGAAAAUGGGUGGGUCAAGUCCAUCCUCUCCGCUUCCCUGUGGGUACCUUUCACACAGAACAGUGAAACGUUAAAGAAACCCUUUUUGACAGGCAGCGCGAAAGUGGUCAAACUCGGGACGGGUCGACUUUAUCGCAGUCCUCCAUCCCCGUCGGAUUUCACGAAGAGCAGUGACACUUAAAAAUCCCACUUGGACAAGUAGCGUGACAGGGGCUUCCGGUGUUAAGUUUGACUCUUAACCGCUGCCUCCGUCCAGCCUCUUGUUCCCCCUUUUGACACAACGGCAGGAGCCGGCAAACGGGCCGGACUUCACCCCGCGUCCCGUGUCCAUACCUUUUCACGCGCAAGUGUUACUCGGGGGAAAAUGCUGUUCUCACCU